UUACAGAUGAGUGUGGGCACUCUCUGGUCAGUCUCUCCUCUCUGCUGAGACGAUGCCUAGAAAUCACGCUGAGAACGCCGGUAUGAAAUUACGACGUGAAAGUCACAAAUCUAUGAUUAAUUCACCACAUAUUGGCUGUUAAUAAGUUCUUUUGUUUUCGUGAACCUGAACGUGAGGAACUGCGUCUGCCUCGUGAGCCCUCCUGUGAUUGCCGAAUGGUUUAUUGCUUGACCAGGACUGGAUCAUUCUGAACCAUCUGAAGGUUCAGUGGCGAGGCCAACCCCUGAGACGAUUGACUGUGGGUACCCCAGAAACGCAGUGUGGCCAGCCGAGGACUCCACCCCCAGAGUUAUCAGCGUACUCCAUAUUCCAGAUAAGAACUGACAUUGAUCUACUUGGGUAGUGUUGAACAGUAUGCACACACCAAAUUGAAAGAAACGCAAUUGUUCAAUCUCUAGUGUAAGUUCUUUGAGCAUUUUAAACACUUCCUCCCAGAAUAUAUUCAAUUUAGGAUAAAACCAAAAUAUGUACCAAAAUUCCUCUACUCACUGUGCAAAUGAUUUAAAGUUGCCAGCAUCAUUUAGUUUAUGUAGGUUGGUGAGUCGGUAAUUUGACCAUUUUCUGCACCUUGUAGAGGGCACAAAAUCCAUUAUGAGUUCAAUAUUUGUGAGUGCUUAAAUUGUUUAGGCAGGCCAAAUGUAGAUUUCACUGUCUUCCAGAUUUUUUAUGUGACUCUAGUCUGUUCACCAGUAUUUAUUUCACUUGAGCAGAUUUAUAGGAAUGGCAAGGACAAAUACAAAUGGGGUUGCAAUAGUAUAUUCAAUAUAAACCCUCCUAAUUUUGACACACUGGACCAUUAACAAUCAUGAACCCUAACAUACAUGGGAGAAACAGCUGCUUCACCCAGUUGUGAUCAGUUUCAUUAUUCUUUGUUGUAGCUGCAUCUUCUUUUCUUUGCUGUAUUUGCCAUAAUUUUUUCCUCAAAAUCCUUUCAAAAAUGUUCCUGUUCUUAAACUCUUUCUGGGUGCUACUAUCGCAGCUCAAAAUGUCUGCUAUCUAUUAUUGUUGUUGUCGGUAUGUCUGUUAUUUGCUUUAUACCAUUUAUUUACUCUGCGUACACUGUAAAAUAUGACAGUAAUGAGAAAUGCAAAGUUAUCUUAAUUAACUUGCAUGAGGGCUGUAUUUUAGAGAUGAUGUAUACAAAUCGCUCUCCUACGUGUAAACUGUGCUGUUUUGAAUUAAAGCAAGUUCAGAAUACGCACGUUGUAGCUUCGCCUCAUCUGGCUGACCUGCGGUGACGUCACUCAGUAGCUCCAGAGAUCUUCUGAGCUCCUCCAGUUGUGGUGACUGUUGGCCGUGUUUGAUCCUCAGAGCCUCACUUUGUAGCCGCAAGGCCUCUGGAACCACACAAACACAUACAGGUGAAUCCUCCAUGGCACAAUUUCACCAAAAUUAACCACAAAAACUUAACCUCGACCCCAAACUUUCACCGAGAGAAGUACCUACUUACCCGGAACUCUAGGGGAGCGGGGCUGGGUACUGAAGAACACUGAUUGGUGGAAACGUUUUUUCAGCUGUUUAAGUCAGUUUGGCUGCAGCCCACCUUUAAACAAGACCUUUGAAAGAAGAACUUAUUCAUUUCGCUAUCGGGCAUUUAAAAAAUAACGAUGUAAAGUGGAUGGAUGGCGAGGUCCAGGCUCUUUUGAGCGUAUUUUUCUGAGGAGGUGGUUUGUCGGGACUUCAAGUCGGCGACACGAAACGACCAAGUGUCGCUUUCUGGAACUUUGUGGUGCGGUGGAAGUUUGCAAAACACAAAUUAAUGGGAAUCAUUUUCCCCAGAUAAAUAGGUUCCUAGUAAUAAAAGUUCCUGGAAAUGUUAGUGGAAAAGGGACUAUUGUUAACACGUUCUCAUAGGUUCAGUGCAGAUUUAAUAAUAAUGAUAGUUACAACAUGAUGAUUUGUACGAUGCAUUUCUGUCUCUCUGAAAUUAAUCUAUAACCCUGAGCUUCUCGUGCAGGGCAAGUAAUCAGCACUACAACACAGUUUGGUCUUGAGCCAGCAGUCAUUUACAUUGAGUGGUUCACUGCCUCAUCACAUAUUGCCUGAAGUAUAUAUUUAUUGAGUGUCUGCUUUAUUUAUUAAUUUUUUCUUGUUUUCACUGAGACCAUUUGCCUUUUGUUUUUAAGUAUCCUGCACGUCAGGCUGUAGUACGCUGUUCCUGAGGUAAUCACUACUUGCCAAUACUGAUCUAUAAUAAUCACUGAAUAACGUCUCGUGCUGAGCUGGACUGGAUAAACACCAGUGAAGAAUAAAGCUGUCUUUAAUUGGUGCACUUUUAAUUAAGUUGCUGACCACAACAGCGCCAUCAGGGACAAGACAAAAACACACCAAAAACUACCUCAUCAUUUGUCAGAGGUAAAUACACAAAGGCAGUUUAUACAAUGCACCAAUAUAGAAUAGAAUAGAAUAGAAUAGAAUAGAAACAUUUAAUUGUUAUUGUCAUUAACAAAAUGAGUGGUGACUCCUUUGAAAACUACUGCAAUUCCAACACAAGACACACACAGUAAUAAAUAAACAUAAGGCCUACCAAUAACGUGCUUUAAAAACAGGGUGUGGUGACACCCAUAGGACAUACUGCACAGGAUUGCUGAUUACACUGAACAAUAAAUUGACAUAGUAGUAUUAUUUAUCAAUUUCAGUUUGAGUUAAGGGGUUCUGAUGUCCCACAAUAAGAAUCUAUUCAGUCGUAUUUGUGAGUUUUGGUGCUUCUGUAUCACUUUGCUUUUUUAACAAAGGCACCACAGUAGCAAAUCAUGUAUUCACUGUCAACAUCAGUGAGACAUCAAAAUUUUAAAUUGAAAUAGCAUUAAGCAAGACAUUUCAAGUACCAAGACAAUGCCAUAAAGUUGCAGUGUGUGAGAUCUUCGGUUUUCCUGUUUUGAGUCAUGUCUCGAAAUAAAUAUGCAAAUGAUUUGUUUAAUGAGACAACAGUAACAUUUAGAAUCUUUUACAUGCUACUUUGGAAAUGUGAAUAAUUACUGUAAAUGUCUGUGCUCACCGUUCCCCACCAAGUUAUCCCUUCUUCCCUUAAAACCACAACCGUAUUUUAAUUUAUUCUUGCAGUGGAAAAUUUAAUUUCUUUUGAAACCUUCCAGUGGCAGAAUGACCAGUGUAAUUGGACACAGGAUAAUAAUUGUGUUUUGGACAAAGCCUGAGAGGACCAGGAAGUAACAGGAAUAGGAUUUAGCUUCUAACUGCUUCAAGAAUCAAUGAACCUGAAAAUACACUGUCCAAACAAUCCCCAUAAUGAACUGUGAGAACUGUACCACUCUUAGUACAUCAUUCUGCUGCUCUAAUAAUCUUCCCCUUGUCUCUGCACUUAACGCUUUUGCUUCUCUUUUGCUCCUCUCACUCUAUCCACAAUAAUCCACUUUUCGUCUCGCUGGCCAGUCUCUGUCAAUCUGUAGAUCACAGUGAAAGGCAGUUGACAACAGAUCGGUUCUCCUGCCCAGUUUUUACACAGAUGCUUAACAUCGACAACUGGAGUACCUGUUUGGCACACUCUUCAACUGACUUAACUUAAUACACUCGCUUGCAUACACUUCACAUUUACUACUCAAUCCCACUUUCAUCUCUUUUAUGCCGUAUUUAAAGUAAAACUAACGUGUAGUCCAGUUACAAUGCAGUAAAGAAUCAGAUUUCUUAUUUUGGUGGGAAAAAUCUAUUCAAAAUACUAACUUAAAUAAAUAAAAAUAAAAAUAGAUUCACAUUUAGGGACUGUAUGUCUUUCUGGGCUCUGCCUUACUCACACUCACCAGCCCUCAUCUCUUUUUUUCUCCAUCUCUCCUGGUGAGUGUUAAGCGAGUCAUGUCAGGGGAUUUGUGUGUGUCCUCCUUCAUCGCCCCAUUACACCCCCCUGGGUGGCGCCUGCGCCUCUCUCACCUCCAAGAGUCUUCCCCAGUGUUGGUCUGAUGUGCUCCGCUGCCUCUUGACGAAUCUCUCUAGCGACCGUCUUCACUGCGAACGAUGCCCCAUCAUCCCCCGUGUCCUGCUGCCCGUUGUGAUGGACCACUCGCAGGAUGCUGGACUCCAAAGCAUGGUACUCCGAGCUAAGAGGCCCUCUGCUCCCCUCCCCUAACGUGUCCCCUAAGUGUCUGGAUAAUAGAUAACACAGCCGGCGACCUGCGGGGGUCUUACAAAAACAGCGCUCGGCGAGUGGGAGCAUCACACCAGAUCAGACGAGCACACACAGGCAGCGCACCACAUCGGCCCUAUCACAUCUCUGAAGCGCCGCGGAAACAGGGGCAACUCCGAGAGCCAACUCCAACUUUUACGCACAGAGACCGACUUUUACGCACAGCGCAAAGAGCAUCAUUUAGAGAAGAGGCAGAGACACGUCUUCUUGAUUCGGACGCAGCAGCCGCUUAAGGAUCUUACCUGACAGCAUCGGGCCUCCAGGCUCCACCAUAAUACUCUUUACAACGCAGGUAAAUCACCUGCACUUGUAGGAGAAUUUACCCGCUUCGAAUGUGGUGGCUCAGAGGAACAUUGGGACAGACCCAUCAGAUAUGAGUUAGCUCCGUAAACACAGCAUUUAAGACACAACUUUGAGGAAUUUUAAUUUAAAAAUCUAAAUUUAAAGAAACCAGAAGUCAUGCCCCGUCCUGGGAAGAACUCUUACAGCGACCAGAAGCCGCCGUACUCAUACAUUUCACUGACUGCGAUGGCUAUCCAAAACUCAUCAGAGAAGAUGCUUCCUCUGAGUGACAUUUACAAGUUCAUCAUGGACAGAUUUCCUUAUUAUCGAGAGAACACGCAGAGGUGGCAGAAUUCCCUGCGACAUAACCUCUCCUUUAACGACUGCUUCAUCAAGAUCCCCCGGCGGCCCGACCAGCCCGGGAAGGGCAGCUUCUGGGCUCUGCACCCGGACUGUGGUGACAUGUUUGAGAACGGCAGCUUUCUGAGGAGACGGAAGCGCUUCAAGAUCGCGCGCGCUGACCUCAUGGCCUGCAAGAGCUCCCCGAUGAUGCACUACUUUCACCAUCACCACCACCAUCACCACCCGGGCAGCAAGCUGGGCACAGCGUCCGGCCAUCACAACCACUCAGUCGGUCCGGCGAGCACCGUGGGGCGGCUGCCUCACUUUCAGGGUUACGGGGGCAUUGCUUGCGCACAGCCCGGCGGGUUUAAACACCCGUUCACCAUCGAGAACAUUAUAGGACGGGACUACAAGGGUGUGAUGGCCAGCGGGCUCCCGCUCACCUCUGUCAUGCACCACCUGGGUUACCCCGUUCCCCCGCAGCUCAGCAGUGUGGUCAACUCCAUGUGGCCGCACGUCGGGAUGUUGUCGGAGCCCAUGGGUGGCGUGCCAAUGCCCGCUUCAUCCGAGUAUGCGCCAUUCAGCGUGUCAGCAAAGGGCUUGUACCAAAACGCCAACGGGCAAACCCUGCCCGCCGUCCCCGUGCCAAUCAAACCAACCCCGUCCCUGGGUCCCGUGCCCGGCUUGACCGGGCUGCAGUCCGGUCCGGCGCAGCUCUGCUCACCGACCUCAGUGAUGGAGAAGAGUGAUCUGCUGGAGGGGAAAGGCAACCACUUACACCCGGCUCUUCUGCUGUCCUAACCGGGUAAAUUGCGGGUCAUUAUUGAAAAUAAAUGCAGACAAGAAGGACAUUGUUGAUGCGUAAAAUCAGGCCGUCAUCUGACAUUUAUGUGCAGAUAGGAGAGUUGUAAAAACUAUAAGGUUAACGUUGUAGGCUAUACUGUGUAAUAAUGAUUAUUUUCAUCAUCAGAUCCGUGUGGAUUGAAAUCAUAAUUUAUUUGCACAAUUUGUGAGGGCAUUCACCACAUUAUGUGGUACUGAUAAAUACAAUCAGACGAGCAGACGCUAAACCCAAAGAGAGAUUUGAGGAGGCAGUCUAUAAAUUCCGAAAUACAAAUCAAACAGCUGUUUAUUUUUUGUUUGCUCUUCUUCUAUUUAUUUUAUUUUAAUCUAUAACAGGCCUAAAGACAUGUAGGCCUUUGUGUCCUUUAAAUUAGGCCUGUUGCACUUUUUGUGUGUUACUUAGCAGUGCAUUGAAAAUGUUAUGCUUGUAUUAUAACACUAUUUAUCUGGAGAUAUUUAUAAAGAAUUUAAAAAGCAAAUUUUCUUUGGUGUUGUAAUUAUUUGAAUACAUUUCCACACUUUUUUCCCCACAGUCUGUAAACCACCGUUGAAGAACAGGGGGUAGAUUAGACUGCACUACAUUUUAAAUGGUAUUGAGAUUAAUUUAAUCUGGGUCCAAAAAAAAAACAUAAAUGCAGUUAAUUACACCUUUUCAGUUAUUAAAUUCUGUAUGAAGUGACCAUGAUUUUUUUUUAAAGAAACAGUGCAGGUUAAACACCAGCAGCAAUGCAUUUGACUAAAUGUUACCUGCACGUACAGAGGCAGAUUUUUAUUUCAGAUGUAAGUUACAUUUUGUCUAUGUCUGUAUAAAGAAAUGAUGGUAAAAGUGAAACUUGUAAUCAUGCAAUAAUUAUACUUAUUAUAUGCUGAAUCAGAAUUCUUUAGGACUCACCUAAAAAUAUUUAAGGACACCUCUUUAACACCUAA